GAUCACCCUUUUCCUUCCUUCACCUCCACUUCUUCUCCUUAUCGUCCCUUCCUUUCAUCUCUUCGCCCACUCUGCUUAUUUUCCACAACAAAAAGCUUGCGCUACGCCGACUACUCUAUACGCCAAUUUUUUCUCACCGCUCUCAUGUCUGACAAUCAGGCGCUCCUCUUAAAGAUCAGCGAAGUCGCUGGCAAGAUAAAUCGACACAAGAACCAGACGGAACAGCUUUCUGCUCCCGCCUAUGGGGGAUCGCAUUUCCCGCAACGAGCAUCCCCAUAUCCUACUAACCAAUCCUCAAGAGGAAGAGGAGGAUGGAUUCCUCCACAUCACUACCAACAUUACCACCACCCUAGGGGAGUUGCCGCCCGCAGGGCAAGAGGUCGGGCUUCUUGGCCCGGCCCCCCUGUCACUCAUCAUCAUAAGACUUUGGUGAUCAAUAACAAUAAAGCCCCUGAUGGGAGUGCUGUUACUCCAACUACAAAUACGUUUGCUUCAACUUCCCAUGUAGAGAAUAUGUCUUCCAACCCACCAGGACAAGUUUUACCACAGGGCAAUGACAGUACAACACAAUCUUCAGAAGGGUGGGUGGCAAAGCGUGAUAGACAUAUGCAGUUGAUCAACACUGCGGUCUAUGACCAGCACGCCCAGGCCAGAGCUAGAGAUCUUGAGAAGACCCGCCAGACCCAAUUAAUGAGGAAAGAGGAAAGAGAAAAGCAAAAGCUCAGGGGUUACUUGGAUAGGUCCCGCGAUACUGCCUCACAGGUUCCGUUUGACGUCCUCGUACAGGGUGAACGGUACAAAGUCGCCGCUGGCGGUAGCAAACUUAUCAAGAUUUCUGAUGGUCCACAAAAUGCAAAAUCUACCCCCAAGAAAGCGGUUGUUGGUGGUGUUAAUUUUGUGCGAAGCAAGAACGGAAAUCUUUGGCGCGUUGGACUAGUAAAAGCAUCACACAAACCACGCCAUAUCAAGAAGCCCUGCAAAUACUAUUCAAAUACUGGUAAAUGUAAGAACGGGAUGUCAUGCCUCUACACUCAUGAUCCCAACAAGGUCGCCAUAUGCCCUCGAUUUAUCCAAGCCAAUUCAUGCCCCGAGGGGGAUUCCUGCGACCUGUCUCACACACCCAGCCCACAUUGUAUGCCUUCAUGCGUCCACUUUCUCCGUGGCAAUUGUUCCAACGAUAAGUGCCCUUUUACGCACGUCAAGGUUAACCCAGCUGCUCCCAUCUGCCGUCCCUUCGCUACAUUGGGGUACUGCGACAAGGGUGCAGAGUGUACAGAACGACACGUACGCGAGUGCCCUGACUUUGAUGAGAAGGGGGUAUGCACGGAUAAGACUUGUAAGCUGCAGCAUGUUGAGAGGGCUGGACGAAGGCGAGUGGCAGCAGCUCAAGCGGCCGCAGCAGCCGCAAAAGCCCAAGGAUCCGGUAACGACUACAACAUGGACUCUGAUAGUGACAUUAGCAGUGGAGAUGACGGAGAGGCAAUCGACAGUGACGACGUCGACUCGGAUACACUCAGUGAAUAUGAUUACAUCCGUAGGGACAAUCAAGACUCUGAAGACAUUGGCGAGAUUACGAUGCAAGAGGAUUUCAUCCAUCUCCCAAGGAGUUAAGAAAAACAUACAGUUCUGUUAUAAUACAGCCUAUAGAGGGCUUUACUAACUUUGCAGACUUCCACCGUAUCGCGCAUUAUCCGAUUCCUACACCCCCGCCUAAGGUUACUUUCUCAUGCUCUUUUUUUUCUCUCCUCUCUUGCUUUUAUUCGCUUGCUUUCAUGCCACAAGUCAUCGUUGAUUCCCCUCUUGUUUUUUUUUUGCUUUAUUGUACAGCAUCUUUGUCUCAUGGGUCCUCCAUUUUGUUUUUGUUUGGAUGAUACAUCCAAUACCACGUUUGGUGUACUAGUGGGAGGUUGCUGUGAUUUGAUUCUGUUUUCGCUCCACUCUUUGCGAGCGACUCAUCCUCCUUUCUUUUCACUUUCCACCUGCCGUACUGAUCGAUGUAUUCCACGCCCACAUUAUGUUUUUGUUUCCGCCCCUCGCCCUAUACCCAGCUCUCGGAUCAGCUUCCUAUGUCUCUCUUUUUUUUUUUUUAGCAUCACCAUCAUCAUCAUCAUUACACAAUUACACAGCAUAACGGUGCGGUUCGAAGGUCCUUGACCGAGCAAGCCAUCCUCCGAGGCUGCAUCACUCAUUCAUACACCAGAAGCGAGAGAGGAGAUGGUACAAAAGGACACAGGUCAUGCUUUGUUUUUUUUUUGUUUUUUUUCACUUUCUCUUAGCUUUCUUACUCUUUUGUCCACUAGUAUCUCUCACCUUUGCCUCUCACCUUCGCUUCUCUGCCUACCCUUCGCUUCCCACAUUCUCUGAUUCGCAUGUCAUGGCGGGGCGGGGUCAGCGGGGUAUCUGUUGGUUGUUGGCGCAUCGACCGAUGAGAGCAAGCGACACGUGUGUCGACGAACGACAACGAUGGAUACCUUGUGGGUAGCACAAAGCCAUUCAUUCACCUCUACUACUACCUACCUACACCUUACCCGUUUUUAGUCUGUCCUCGGUCGGCUUCUCUCACUCACAGCACUUAGCACAAACAGAAAAAAUAGGAGCGGAAUACGAAGGGGGCUCUCAGGGGAAGGAAGAAAGAGGUGGGAAGAGGGGAGAGGGGCGGGUGGAAAAACGUUCACAUUAAUGGUGUUUUUUUUUUUUGGGGGGGGGGCGUUCACUGUAAGUCUACGGACAAAACGGAGAUGGAGUUGGGUUGCGAUUCAAAAAAAAAAAAAAAAAAUUAAAGGUUAAAAAAAAAGUUAAAAGGGGGAUAUGAUAGUUACGAUAGGAUAGGGAAUAAACAGAAACUU